UCAAUCUUUCUCGAGUACCUUCUGACGCCAGCUUUGAACAGAAACCCCAUUAUCAAGAAAAACAAGAGUUCUUUGCCUAUAAUAGCGAAUAUAAUAUGGACCCCUUCUAUAUCUUUCAACGGUGCAGAUAUGGCUAUUCUGAAGGUAUUGAGUCUCUCUUUACCUGCAGCAGCCGCAGCAGCAGCAGUCUCAUUCUCAACCUCAUCCUCUUCUUCUAAUUCUUCACAGAGGUGUCAGCUAACCUUGUCCGCUAGCAAGCAUUUCAAGAGACCUAAUUUCUUGGGGUCCUGCGGAGCAUUGCAGACCGCGUUAUACUUCAGCGCAGCAACGCCAAGAGCACAAGCAGUUCAUUUAGAAACAUCUAUGGAAAAUCCUCAGGGCAAUGGAGACAUUUUACCAGACCUUAUGACAGAAUUUAUGGUAGACAUGAAGUGUGAGGGAUGUGUUUCGUCUGUUCGGAACAAGCUAGAGCCAUUGGAUGGUGUCAAGAAAGUAGAUGUAGACCUGGCUAACCAGGUAGUCAGGGUGCUUGGUUCAUCGCCUCUUAAGUCUAUGACUACAGCUAUUGAACAAUCUGGUCGGAAAGCUCGGCUGAUUGGGCAGGGAUCACCUGAAGACUUCUUGGUCUCUGCUGCCGUUGCUGAGUUUAAAGGCCCAGAAAUUAUUGGAGUUGUGCGAUUUGCUCAGGUAAACAUGGAAUUAUCAAGAGUUGAGGCCAACUUCAGCGGUUUGUCACCUGGAGUCCAUGCAUGGACCAUAAAUGAGUAUGGGGAUUUGACGAGAGGUGCUGCAAGCACAGGAAAAAUCUAUAACCCUUCAAGUAUUGAUAAUUCAAAAGAGGUUCUAGGUGACUUGGGGACGCUUGUUGUUGGUGAUAAUGGGGAAGCUAAUUUUGCUGGGGUCAAGAAUAUGCUUAAAGUUGGAGAUUUGAUUGGUCGAGCAGUGGUGUUGUAUGAAGGGGAGGACAAAUCAAAGACCGGAAUAGCAGCAGCUGUGAUAGCCCGGAGUGCAGGUGUGGGUGAAAAUUACAAGAAAAUAUGUUUGUGUGAUGGAACUGUGAUAUGGGAUUCCACAAACAGUGAUUAUGUGAAGGCAUGAUUUCGAGCAGGAUUUGUGUCGACUUGAUUACAGUAUAGAACUCAGCACUCAACUUGGACAGUUAACAAUAUUAUCUAUGUAAUGGCUUGUUAUAAGAGCUUUCCUGUCCUACAUCAAAUAAAGGGUCACUCAUUUGUGUGCUAUUUUAUAUAAUGCAAGUCUAGUUCAACUUGGUUCGCGCCAUCUCACAGUGUUUUUAACUUCUUGAGAAGAUCCUUUCUACGGACAUCUGGUUCUUAAAUAAAUACUGCAGGUUCAGUUCGAAUGUCUUAA